CGCUGCCUUGCUUAUGCUCCGCGCCGCCCGGCGUUGCCCUCAGUGCUGAGAAAAGGGGAGGGGGGGGUGAGGGGUACAACGGGAAAAGGGCCCCUGGGGGGAAGCUCCCAGUGGGAGAUUCGUGGCUGCCCCCCCCCCUCGGAAAUGAUGCCUCCUGCAGAGGACGAGCAGAGCACGGUUGAAGGAGGAGAAGGGGUUGGGGGCUUCGCCCUUUUGCGAGCCCUGAAAAGCAGCAGUGCCCGAAAGCAGGGCUGUGAUCCAUUUGCCCAGACCCAACGCAGCAAGCUGCAGCACCGGCGGGCACGGAUCAACCAGCAGAUCAACAAGGAGAUGAGGAUGCGUGCUGGGGCUGAAAACCUUUUCAGAGCCACCAGUAACCACAAGGUCAAGGAGACGGUUGCAUUGGAGCUGAGUUACGUGAACUCCAACCUGCAGCUGCUGAAGGAGGAGCUGGAGGAGCUAAACAGCUGCAUGGAUGUCUACCAGAAUGACAGUGAGUCCAUCAGUGUCCCCAUGAUUCCUUUGGGCCUGAAAGAGACGAAGGAGCUGGAUUUGCUGGUGCCACUAAAGGAUUUCAUCAGUGAGCACUAUGGAGAGGAGGGUGUCAUGUUUGAAAAAGAAAUCAAGGAGUUCAUGGAGCUGAGGCAGGCAAUGCGUACCCCCAGCCGGAAUGAGGCUGGACUGGAGCUCCUCAUGGAGUAUUAUAACCAACUCUACUUCCUCGACAGCCGUUUCUUCCCUCCCAGCAAAAGCCUGGGUGUCUUCUUCCACUGGUACGACUCACUGACUGGGGUUCCAUCCCACCAGCGGGCACUGGCCUUUGAGAAAGGCAGUGUCCUCUUCAACAUCGGAGCCUUGCACACCCAGAUAGGGGCACGGCAGGACCGUGCCUCCCUGCCAGGGCUCAACCAGGCUAUUGAUGCCUUUCAGAAGGCAGCUGGUGCCUUUAACUACUUGAAGGAAAACUUCUCCAAUGCUCCCAGCCUGGACAUGAGCACUGCUUCCCUCAACAUGCUGGUGAGGCUGAUGGUCGCCCAAGUCCAGGAGUGUGUUUUUGAGAAGGUGACCUUGCUGCAUGCUCAGAAGGACUUCCUCACGUGGCUGCAGCUUGCUCAGGAGGCAGCCAGGGUGGAAGAUGUCUACUUGCUGGUGCACCAGACAAUGACCCAGGCUCAUGUGAAGGAUUAUGUUCCCUUCUCAUGGACCACCAUGGUCCAUGUCAAGUCAGAGCAUUUCAAAGCCUUGUCCCACUACUUUGCUGCCAUUGCUCUCUGUGACUGCCCAGCGGCAUCUGAUGCUGAGCUGCCAGAGCAUGAGAAGGCUUUUCUCCAGUUCCACAUCACCAUGCCCGAGGGACCAUCACUUCGUGUUCUACUGCAGGAUCCUGAGGAGAGAAGGAAGCUGGGCAAAGCUCACCUAAAGAAAGCCAUCAUGAAGCACGAGGAAGCCAUGAGGAUCCACGGCUUGUGCAAGAUCCUACGGAAGAUGGACAUCCUCCAGGAGGUCCUCUCCUUUGCCCACAAGCGCUCGCUGAGCAAAUACUCAGAAAUUGACCACGAGGAGGAUUUUUUUGAAACUGGAGAUGCCCCGGAUAUUCACCCCAAAACGCACCAGAAGCCGGAGAUCAAAUCACCCAGCUUCUCUCAGGUGAAGGUGACAGAUCUCUUCCACAGGCUGGGGCCCCUCUCAGUUUUCUCGGCCAAAAACAAGUGGUACCCAAUGCGGAGAGUCCAUCUGAUGAGAGGAGAGAAUGGCUUUGGGUUCACACUGCGAGGAGAUUCCCCUGUCCUCAUCGCUGGUGUCAUCCCGGGAGGUUGUGCUGCUGAAGCUGGAUUGAAGGAGGGUGACUAUAUCAUCUUGGUGAAUGGCAAGGAUUGCAGGUGGUCCAAGCAUGCUGAAGUGGUCCAGCUGCUGAAGAGCACUGGGGAGGAGGGUGUGGAGAUUGGAGUGAUAACCCUGCAGGGCUCAGAGGGGCCAAAAGCUGUGGAGAAGAAAGCAGCAGCAAUGUCCUCUAGCAGUGGUCUGCUGAAAAGCAACAAGGAGAACAGCCGGAAGAGCCUGAUGAAUAGCAAAAGCGCCAGCACACUGCUUGUCUGGAACAAGAAGAGCAAGCGGAGCAAGAACAGCACUUACAGCAUCCCCUUCACUGCCGUGGGAGACAACGAGGCCAUGUACUGAGGCUAGGUUGUGUCCUGUGAGCUCUGGGGCUGGUUGCCUAUUAAUCCUCAGGAGCUCUGAUUGCUUCUAUGGGCUGUGCUGGUGUCGUGGCCGCAUUGGAGCAUCCCUGGUCCAGAGGAUGCUGGGACCCUCCUCCUUGGGGAUGCACUGCUGAUCAAAUCCUCUCCAAAGAGGUGAGGAAUGCACAGCCACUGUUGCUGCUGAUCGCCAGACUCCUCCUUCUCCUGUGUUAAACUCUAUGGGGAAACACUGAUUUAUUAUUUUUUUUUGCUCUUAAGGGGUCGGGGGAAACUGUGCUUCAGGAUAAAGCAGAGACUGGUUUGUGUCUUCUGCUCAGCACAAGGAGCAGCCAAACCACACCCAGCCAUUAAAGCAAAAGCUAUAACCUU